GAAGUUUCUCCUAUUUGCUUGUUGAAAGGCUCGCCGAGUAAAGAAGCUUGUUGAGACGUCGGAAAUGGAAGGGAAUGUCGCUGAGGCUGCAGAUCGUGAAGUGUGGGCUAGAGUGAAGGACCUAGUGGACAGGGGAGGUGACGUCAAUAUACGGGAUGAAGAUGGACGGACAGCUCUACACCAUGCGGCUUAUUGCAGUAAUGUAGAAAUGUGUAAAUUUCUACUUGGUCGUGGGGCGGACGUCGCUGCUCGAGACGAAUAUGGCAAUAUGGCAAUUAGGAGAGCGAUUUUGUCACGUGGUCCGAAUUCUCUUGAUGUUGUUCGUCUGCUACUAACAGACGUUACUGUGAAUACUGGAAACAACAAUGGUGAACGUCCGUUGCAUUUCGCAGCUCGACUCCAUCUUGUUGAUAUUGUGCAGCUGCUUGUGGAUCAUGGAGCUCAUACUAAUGUGGUAGAUAAGGAUGGAAAUACACCACUACAUGAAGCAAACAGAUUUGGAGGAGACGUUGCUGCAGUGAUUGAAAUCUUGCUACGGUUCAAAGCAAAGGUUGAUGCAGUGAAUAUAGAUGGGAAUCAGCCACUACAUCUAGCAUGUAUGAAUGGUUAUAUCAGGUCUGCUCGUUUGUUACUUUCCAGUGGUGCUAGCUCUGGUGCUUCUAACAAUGAUGGAAAGACGCCAUUACAUUAUGUAGCUAAAAGAGUGAGUGGCAUUUCUGAAUUAUGUGACAUUUUACUGGCUCAUGAUGCUGACAUUCAUGCAGCAGACAAGGAUGGGAAUCAGCCACUACAUCUAGCAUGUAUGAAUCGUAAUAUCGAGUCUGCUCGUUUGUUACUUUUCAGUGGUGCUAGCUCUUGUUCUUCUAACAAUAUUGGAAAGACGCCACUACAUUAUGCAUCUGAUAACAACGAUUCUGAAUUAUGUGACAUUUUACUGGCUCAUGAUGCUGACAUUCAUGCAGCAGACAAGGAUGGGGACCAACCACUACACAAAGCAUGUAGACGCAAUGGAGCAAAGGUUGCGAAAUCGUUGAUAUCUCAUGGAGCAGAUGUGGCUGUUGUUAAUGGACAGAAUGUAUCACCUUUUCAAUUAGCAUCACCUGACUUUUGUAUAGCUCUCUAUAAAGCAGGACUCACCUCAAAACAGGUUGAAGACAUUUGUAGAGCUCUGUACAAAGUAGGAGACAGUUCAAUGCAGACUCAAGUCGUUCGUCAAGGUUUGGAAUUUUCCACUGUCCAAUAUGAUAAACUUAAGUGUUGGGUGUUGAGCAAGAUCAUUGCAACUGCAGAAAAGUCUUUUCCUGGAAAUUUGUCUAAAUGGAUUGACAUGAUGGAUGUUGAUGAAUUGUUUGUAACAGCACUUGCUGGAAAUCAAAUAGAGACAUGUAUGAAGUUAAUAGAAAAUGGUACAAUUGUCAAUGGACCAGAUAGCUGUGAUAUUCGACCUCUCACAUUAGCAGUUAGAAGAGAACGAUUUGACCUGUGUGAAUUAUUGAUUAAACGAGGAGCAUCAGUUAAUGCUAAGGGUCACAAGUAUCAAGAACCACCUUUAUAUUAUGCUCUUACUGGAAAGAAACCAGAACUUGUUCGUCUUCUUCUCAGCCAUGGUGCAGAAUUCACGAUCAAAGUUAGAAACAGACCAACAUUUGAACACUCACCCACUAUGGCCUUUGAUGGAAUCGCACGCAAUUUGGAACUUGCAGGUUUGUUGGAGUCUCGUAAUACUAAAUUUGAUAUUCCCUCACAACAGUCUUCAAGUGGUCUUCGUUCAAGUGGUUAUGCUUCAUUUAGUCACGUUUCAAGUCGUUAUAGUUUGACACCAAAGGAAUUGUAUGACACUUCGUAUGACCUCCAAAGAGUGUCUCAUAGACCAUUCAGUAGCCGUCUCAUACCAAAACGACUUAGGCACGUUAGUACAGCUGAAAGCGAGAAGAUACAACUGAAGGAUACUAAAGGUACCUUUCUUGGGCUACAACUGUCACCAUUUGAUUUACUAACUGACGUCACAAAAGAUGUUUCUGAUGUUUCUAAAAUCUUAGAUACUGAAGUUACACGGAAAUCUUCUCAAACUCAAGGCGUAUUGAAAGGUUCUAGUCUUGAUCAAUCAACUGACUUUGUUUGUAAAGGAGAAUCAUAUGAAGGGAAAGUGACUUCUCAAAUUGCAGUGAAAGAUCUUGUAGUUGGUCUUAAUCAUCAUGUCAUUGAAGUAUGCAAACUUCUAGACCAAACUGAAAGGGCAGAUGACCGGCAACGUCUCAGCUCACACUUACUAGAUGAUGAAGGACUUCUCCAUUGGGAUAAGAAAGAAGGAGAAGGCUCGGCACUGGCUUUAUUGAAUCAGUGGUGCAGCAAGAAGUCACCAUCUGAAGCAACCGUUGAGCAUCUAAUCAAUGCAUUGAAGUCAUCUGAUAUAAAUGAUGCUGCUAACAUUAUGCAACAGUACUGCAAGGUAAUGUUAUUGUUGUCUAAAUGCAACGUUGUGCUUGGUUCACAAUAUCCUAUACCUGAUGCACAUCUUGCACUAAUAGAUGCCCCUGGGUGGGGCAGGUUGACAUGA